GUCCCGAGCUUUCACGAUGCGGGUCCCGAGCUUUCACGCAUCGUGAGAGAGAGAGAGAGAGAGAGAGAGAGAUGGAGGGAGUCGGGUCGAGAUUCGGUCGGGCUUCAUCCCGGUACGGCUCAGCGCCGACGCCGGCGGUGUUCAGCGGCCCCGUCAGGAAGUGGAAGAAGCAGUGGGUGGUAACUCAGCCGAGUACGCAUCGCAACACUACCAACGCUAACAACGCCGCUGCUCCCACGCUUCUCCUCUGCCGCUGGAUUCCUCUUCCCUCCGCCGCCUCCGGCGACUCCGCCCAGCCUCAAAUGUCUCCCAAACGGAAGUUUCGAUAUGCGCCGAUUGUUGACCUAGAAGAAAAGAAAAGGGAAGCCCUUAAGAAGGUUGAGAAUGAAGCGAACACAAGAAAGAUGGACAAGGCUGCCUCUAGUGCGACGCUUGGAAGCGGUAACAUGUUGAAGAAACAUAACAUCAAUGAUAUCUUCAAUGAGGAUUUUCAGGAAUCAAGCAAGAAUGAAGUGCAUCCAAACAAAAGCAAGCGGGAACUCACCUCCUUCGUGAAUGGGCAAGAUUGAUGGACCAAUGCACACACAUUCGAGAGCACAAGGUCUGUAGUUUUUACUUUCUAGGCUGAAAUCCCCAGCGUGUAGGGAAAACUAGUAGAAGCACCACCUGCUUAGCACUUGGUACUCUCGGGUUUGUUUUUGUUCGGUGCCUAAUAUCCGGUGAUGGAUUCCAGGCCUUCCCUUGUAA